AACUGCGUAAACGUUGUAAGGGUUGCUUUAAUGCUAUCAGCUUUGAGGUACAAUAUUGCAUGGUUUAUGUAUGAUUUGAAAGUUAGUCCGUAGUGUACCACUAAAUUUGAACUGAUGUCGAGCUUUAGUUAGGAAAGAACAACUGCAAUCGGAGGUCAGCUCAUUAUUUUUUUAUAUACCAGCUGACUUGACGUCGGCUUGAGCGAAAGGCACGUAUCAAUGGCAACGUUUGAGUACCGCUAUGUAAGAGUUAGUAGUGGCCUGAAAUACACAGGUCUUACUGCUAUGUGUCUCCUAGUGGAUCAUUAACCGGACGGCUAACAGGCUAGCAGGAAGUAUUCUAAGACAAAAGCAAAAAAACUAAAUAAUCUCAUAACUCCGACGACAAAUCAACACUCCAAUUCAGCCGACGGGAAGUAGACUGACGGAUCUACGUCGGCCAUUGCAUCUGAUCUUAGCUACUCCCGACCAGAAACGCCAUCAUCACCUCCACUGUUCCACUGACUCUUCAGCAUGGCCAACGCAGACUGUGUCAGUGUGCGAGUCUUUUCUCUGAACUGCUGGGGGAUCCACUAUCUAAGCAAACACUGUUCUCAGCGCUAUCAGAUGAUUGGAGAAAUGUUGUGCAAGGAGCAACAUGAUAUUGUCUUACUGCAAGAGGUGUGGAGUGAGAAGGACUUUCUGUAUUUGAAAGUGAAGCUUGCCUCUACUCAUCCUCACUCACAUUACUUCAAAAGCGGAGUCAUAGGAAGUGGACUGGCCAUUUUUGCCAAACACAGAAUCCAUGACACGUUUCUUUAUCGCUACUCUCUGAACGGUUACCCUUACAUGGCUCACCAUGGGGACUGGUUUGGAGGUAAAGCUGUGGGGAUGGCCAUAUUGAACAUUGCUGGCCUGACCGCAAACGUCUAUGUCACACACCUGCAUGCAGAGUACAGCAGAGAGAAGGACUCUUAUCUGUCCCACAGAGUGGUUCAGGCCUGGGAGCUGCAGCAGUUCAUCCGUCAUACGUCCACUGGAGCCGACGUAGUCAUUGUGGGAGGUGACCUCAACAUGCAUCCUCAAGACCUGGGCUGCAGGCUGCUGAUGUCUUACACUGGACUGAAAGAUUCUUAUAUAGAAACUGCUAAAUUUGAUGGAUGUGAAAAUGGUAUGACUUUAAUAGCAGACAACCUGUUUAUCAGUAAAAACGAACUCAUUCCCUUUGAGAAGGGGAUUCGGAUUGACUACAUCUUGUUCAAGGGUUCCUCCACAACCAAGAUUUAUUGCGAUUUCAUGUCCACCACCAAAGGCUCCGUUCCUGGCCAUCCCCUCCCAUAUUCCGACCAUGAGGCUCUCACUGCAGAGUUACGGCUAGAGUCCCACAUUCCAGCUCAGGCUGGAAGUGGUAAGACUCACGACACUCCCGCAGAAAAGCUAGCUGAGCUGGUUGACACUUUAACCGAGGCACGCACAGAGGUCAAAGUGGGCUUGCACUGCGCUGAGAGGAUGCGCUACACUGCUGCACGUACUGGAGUGAUGGGCUUAGCGCUCCUGGUCCUGGAGCUGGCCAUCGCAGCAGUUCCCUGCUUCGCUCUGGGAGCGGAACAGCCUUUUCCUCGUAUCUCCUUCUACCUGCUGGCCGCUCUGUGCUUCGCCAUCCUGCUGACCACCUUCCUGCUGUACAUCUUUUAUACCAUGGAGCUGAAGUCUCUCCAGGGAGCUGAAGAUCAGAUGAGGCUGGCUGUAGGUAGUCUCCAGGAAAAGCUCCGAGGUUUCCCUGUGGCUCAGCCUAACGAUGCACCACAAAGGUCUCCAGAGGGGCAACAGCCCAGUGCCUUAGAUCCAGAGGAGUAACUUUAGAAGCUUGUAUUAAGAAGGUUUUGAAGUCAGCUUUAGUCUUUUCUUCCAAAUAUGCUUUUGAGAUUAAAUGCCUCAGAAUGAACUAGAAGUAUGAAACAUUUCUGAAAGUAGUGCAGGACACAUGCUUUGACAUUUUUAUACUUUUAUAGUCAUCUGCAGACCUUUAUAGCUCUUAGGUUUCCCUCUAUGCAGCUGCAGUAUACAAAUAUGCUUCCUAGUACACAGCAAUUCCAUUAAAUGUUGCUGUGGUGCUUAAAAGUCUUAAAUAUAUAUUUUUUUGUAUAAUUAAACCUCGGGUCUGACGUCCAUUCCACCCACCCGUAGUUUGACUGGGACCAGUUGUUUCUGCGUUGAAUUUCAUGUGUGGCAUUACUGACUCCUACAAACCGUCACGCAGCAGCUGUGGGCCAGGUUGUGAUUGUUACAAUGUGCUUUGAAGCUAAGGGAAAGUUCUCCGACCUAGAAGUAGCAGAAAUUUCGAACGGUUUACAUUUCAGUUUUUUUUUUUUUUCUGUAGUUACUGUAAG